CGCGGUGUUCAGUGCGACGUUUCAGUAAAGUUCUAAGAUGGCGACGGUGCAUCUGAGAAUCGGGGACCUAGUUUGGGGAAAGCUCGGGCGCUAUCCUCCGUGGCCAGGCAAGGUCGUCAGUCCUCCAAAGGACCUGAAAAAGCCAAGAGGGAAAAAAUGCCAUUUUGUCAAAUUCUUUGGAACUGAAGACCAUGCCUGGAUAAAGGUGGAGCAGCUGAAGCCAUACCACCCCCACAAAGAGGAGAUGAUCAAGAUCAACAAGGGCAAACGUUUCCAACAGGCUGUGGAUGCAGUGGAAGACUUCCUGAAGAAGAAAGAGAAACAGGGUGGGAAAGAACAGAGCUCUGAGGGGAAAGGAGACUCUAAAGGAAAGAAGACACCAGCUAAACCUCUGAAGAUCCUAGAGGAAGAUGACGAAGACCUCAGUGCCCUGAAAGACCCCUCUGAGAAGGACCUAACUGACUCUGACCCAGAGCCGUCCAGUGUUGAGCGACUAGGGGGCCUGGGAACUACUGGACCUGUCUCAGGAUUCAAAUGGGAGAGCAGUCCAGUACGGGAUGAUCCCCAUUUCCACCACUUUCUGCUCAGCCAGACUGAGAAGCCUGCCUCGUCUAUGGAGCCGAUCAGUAAACGCCUGAAGAUCGUUGAGGAGGACACGAGGUCAACGUCUAUCCAAGCUGCAGACAGCACUGCCAUCAAUGGCAGUAUUACUCCCACAGACAAACGGAUAGGGUUCCUGGGGCUGGGGCUUAUGGGAAGUGGAAUCGUGUCCAACCUGUUAAAGAUGGGCCACGUCGUCACAGUGUGGAAUCGCACAGUAGAAAAGGUACCACAAGACAACCAACAUUGUGACCUGUUCAUCCAGGAGGGGGCCAGGUUAGGGCGGACCCCAGCGGAGGUGGUCUCCAUGUGUGACAUCACCUUCUCCUGCGUCUCAGACCCCAAGGCUGCCAGGGAUUUGGUGCUGGGUCCCAGUGGAGUGCUCCAGGGCAUCAGGCCAGGGAAAUGUUACGUAGAGAUGUCUACCGUGGAUCCAGAGACCAUCACAGAGCUCUCACAGGUGAUAUCGUCGCGGGGCGGCCGCUUCCUGGAGGCUCCUGUGGCUGGGAGCCAGCAGGUAUCUAACGAGGGCAUGCUGGUCAUCCUAGCGGCCGGAGACAGGACGGUCUAUGAAGACUGCAGCUCCUGUUUCCAGGCCAUGGGCAAGACCUCAUUCUUCCUAGGUGAGGUGGGUAACGCAGCGAGGAUGAUGCUGAUCCUCAAUAUGGUACAGGGAAGCUUCAUGGCAACCAUCGCCGAGGGGCUGACCCUGGCCCAAGCCACAGGCCAAUCACAGCAUACCUUCCUGGACAUCCUGUCUCAGGGUCAGAUGGCCAGCACCUUCGUGGACCAAAAAUGCCAGAAUAUCCUACAGGGCAACUUCAAACCAGACUACUAUUUGAAACACAUUCAGAAGGAUCUGAGGCUAGCCAUCUCCAUGGGCGACACAGCCAAUCACCCGACUCCUAUGGCUGCAGCAGCCAAUGAGGUCUACAAGAGGGCUAAAGCGCUGGACCAGUCAGACAACGACAUGUCCGCUGUCUACAGAGCCUACAUUCACUAAACCUCCUGAAGAGCCUCUCCCCCGACCUGUCCUCUCCCCCAUCCUGUCCUCUCCCCCGUCCUGUCCUCUCCCCCGUCCUGUCCUCUCCCCCGACCUGUCCUCU